UUAAAGACCGGACGUCCGCUGUCGAUAUCAUGAAGCCAAACUCACUCAUUCUCUCACUUCUGGUUGACUGACAUAUACCAAACCUCACAAUGUCAAAACUACCAUCUGCCACUCGAACUCUUGUUGCACCAAAGAAGUGUCUCCCAGCAGAGUACACGGUCAUAGAGCAGCCUAUACCCAAAAUCACCAAGCCAAAUCAGCUUCUUCUGCGUAUGAAAGCCGUUGCCAUCAAUACUGGUGAAACAGGGUUUGCAGCUGGGCAGUUUGACUUGCUCUACAAGGCCUCCUUUCCGAUCCUUUUUGGAAUCGAAGGGUCCGGCGUAGUUGUAGAGAUUGGUUCUGAGAUCACAGAGUUCAAGGUCGGAGAUGCAGUCUACGGCAUGGAGUUUGAGAAACCUCAUCUCUCUAGACCCCCUGCAGCCUGGGCCUCGACAUAUGCCCUGACAGAGCCACAGUUCCUCCACAAGAAACCGGAUCAUGUUUCUUUUGAAGAAGCAGCUGCUGUCCCAGCUCUCGCAGUAACUGCGUAUCAGGGUAUCAAGCGAGGACUGCAGCUUCAAGGGAGGGAUAGUCUCGCAGGACAGACUGUUUACAUACCCGCUGCUCUCAGUGCAUCUGGCAACACGGCCAUCCAGAUCGCGCGGAACUAUUUCGGUGCUGAGAAGAUCAUUUCAACAGUCUCGACGCCAAAGAUGGGCUUGGUCGAAGAAUAUCUCCCCGGAAUGGUCACUCAGCUGUACGACUACAAGACCCAAGACAUCGUGCAGCUCAUCGGCCGCGGCACCGUCGACUUUGCAAUAAGCACCCAAUUCUCCACCCUCAACGAAAGCAUCUCCGUGCUCAAAACCGACGGCAUCCUCAUGAGCAUCGCCAGCAUCCCCAAAAGUGAAGUCAUGUCAGAAAUGCUCGGUCCCAAGUUCCCCACAUGGCUUGGCUGGGUCCUUGAUUUCUUGCAGAUCUGGUACACGUGGAAGCUGCGCGGUACAAGGAUUCAGUAUGAGUUCAUAUCGGGACAUCCAGGGCUUCGAGGGGACAUGGAGGUUGUGGCGGAUAUGGUGGCUAAGGGGAUGGUCAAGGCUGUUCACACAGCGGUGGACAUGGAUGAUUUGGAGGAGGUGAGGAAGGGCUGUGAGAAGACUUUGAAGAGUAAGGGGGGUAUUGGGAAGUUUGUGGUUCGUCCUUAGGGCGGAGGAUUUCAAGUUUUAUGGUCUCAGGAGGAUUGCUAAAGACAUCAUUUGAAAGUAUCGAUUCUGUGUGAUUUUUCGUCUUUAGUCUAUCUCUGGUUCAGUAUCGUGCUUAAUACUGUUCUUCAAAUGGUUAUUAUAGACUCUCUUAUAUAGCUGGUCAAAGUGAAAUCUGUAACUUCAGAAGCGUAGGAUUAUAGUCUAAAAUGAACUAAGUUAUCUAAAAAAUAUAGAAGAAUAAUAGAUCAAAUAUGCCUA